CACACAGGGAGAACACAAUCCCACCCAGAGCUAGAGCAGGACAUCUACCAGGGUCUACGGGACAACGUGAUGGAGUAACCUGGGAUUGUUGGGGUGGCAGACACUGGAGGUCCAUACUGACCCCCAGAGAGUAACAAAGAGGGAUCAGUCCUGCGUUGGUGGUUGAAGUUACUUCUCAAGACAUCCUCCUGGUCUACUCAGCCCUGAGGUCACCGCAAUCUUACUCACAGUCACCAACAAACUUUGUCUGCUCUCUGCCGUCUUCCAUGUGAGGCUUACAAAGGAGAAGAAAGUUUGGAUAGUGACACCAGAAGCUUGUCCUCAGGAUCGCAGAGCGCAAGGUGAAGCCUGGAGAAGCAGGGAGUAAGGAGAAACUUCUCAGGAGCUGGACCUCUACAGCCUGGAUACAGGGAUUUGCUGGGUCUGAUCAGGUUGGGGGAGAUUGGGCAUUUUCUUGUGUGAUUUCCGAUCCUCUGGGCACAGUAGUGGUGUCUUCUCCUGUCACAGCCAUGCCUCAGCUCUCUGGAGCAGGGGGAGGCAAUGGUGGUGGAGACCCUGAGUUAUGUGCCACUGAUGAGAUGAUCCCAUUCAAGGAUGAAGGAGAUCCUCAGAAGGAGAAGAUCUAUGCCGAGAUCAGCCACCCUGAGGAGGAAGGGGACCUGGCAGACAUCAAGUCUUCUCUGGUGAAUGAGACUGAGAUCACUCCUAGCAGCAACAGCCAUGAGAUUUUAAGACAAAGGCAGGACUCCUACCAUGAAAAGUCCAGAGAGCACCCAGAUGAUGCUGGAAAACAUCCGGAUGGUGGUUUAUACAGCAAAGGCCAUUCGUAUCCUGGAUACCCAAGUUACAUCAUGAUGCCAAAUAUGAAUAAUGACCCCUACAUGUCAAAUGGAUCUUUGUCUCCACCCAUUCCUAGAACAUCAAACAAGGUCCCAGUGGUGCAGCCGUCGCAUGCAGUGCAUCCCCUCACCCCUCUCAUUACAUACAGUGAUGAGCACUUCGCCCCUGGAGUUCACCCUUCACAUAUUCCGUCAGAUGUCGGCUCAAAGCAAGGCAUGCACAGGCAUCAUCAAGCACCUGACCUACCUACCUUCUACCCAAUGUCUCCUGGUGGUGUUGGCCAGAUGACUCCUCCUCUCGGCUGGUAUUCACAUCAUAUGGUUCCUGGCCCUCCAGGUCCACACCCAACUGGAAUCCCUCACCCCGCCAUUGUCAAUCCUCAGGUUAAACAAGAACACCCACAUGACAAUGACUUAAUGCAUAUGAAAUCUCAUCAUGAACAGAGAAAAGAACAGGAGCCAAAAAGACCUCAUAUAAAGAAACCGCUGAACGCUUUUAUGUUGUAUAUGAAAGAGAUGAGAGCGAACGUUGUAGCAGAGUGUACGCUUAAAGAAAGUGCUGCCAUCAAUCAGAUCCUCGGCAGAAGGUGGCACGCUUUGUCUCGUGAAGAACAGGCCAAAUACUAUGAGUUAGCCCGAAAAGAAAGGCAGCUACACAUGCAGCUCUAUCCAGGCUGGUCUGCAAGGGACAACUAUGGUAAAAAGAAAAAAAGGAAGAGAGAAAAACUCCAAGAAUCCACAUCAGGUGCAGGCCCACCAAGAAUGACAGCCGCCUACAUCUGAAGCAUGGGGGAAAAAAGAAUUCUUUCUCAGCGUGUAAAGCAAAGGCAGCAACAGCAGGAGGACUCCUGGAGAUGGAAGCUUGUUAGACUCCCCAACUUCUCCAUUGACAGCAACACAAUCCCGAGGAGUCUACUAAUGACAUUGAUGUGCCACUGCUAGAGACACUGUACCGUAUAGACAAUCACUGCCUGUAGUUUGGCACCACUGGUACCCGGGGGGCCUUCAUGUUCCACAGAUAGAACCCCAAGGAUGAAAGGCAUUGCAAGAACCAUCAGGAUACAUUAUUAUCCAUCACAUUCACUGCAGACGUGAAGUUCCUGAAGUGACCCAGCCACAGACCAAACAGAGCGCUGAUGUUGGACACAAACCAUGGACAAGACAAACCUCUUUUAUUUAAGAAUGGAGCAAAAGGAUCAAUUUUGAUUUCUUUUUUUUUUUUAUCAUUGUAUUGUUUAUCUCCAUAAAACUUGAAUGCUUUUAUAUAUCAGAUUUAGGAUUGAUGUAUAUUUUAUUAGUCAGGGUAUAAACUAAGCCCCCACCACCCCCGUCCUGCUAAAACAAUCACACAAAAAAAGAUUUUUUUUGUGGUUUUUUUUUCUGCACGAAAAUAUCUUAUUUUUUUUCUCUUUACUUGGGGUGAAUAGGCCCUGGCAGCCUUGGAUGCUUCCAUUGUGAGAAGGGUUAUACGGAAAUAUAAUGUAUUGAAAAUAUAUAGAGAAGAGUUGUUUUUGCGAGACAAUAUAUGACAUUGAUGUCAAAGUUGUAUAUUGUGUAAGACAAGCAAGUGUUCUUAAAUUUCAUUUUUUUUAAUAGGUGGAAAUUAGGGGGGGCCUUUAUAUGGUGAUUUGUGGAAAAUGAAUGCGUAACCUAGGAAGAAGUUUAGUAGCCCCCAUUUAUAAUUUAGUGCAGUA